GCCUCGGCCGGAAGAGGCGGACUUAACGGCGGCGGCGCCGCCAUGAACGCACCUCCGGCCUUCGAGUCCUUCCUCCUGUUCGAGGGCGAGAAGAAGAUCUCCAUCAACAAGGACACCAAGGUGCCCAACGCCUGCUUGUUCACCAUCAACAAGGAGGACCACACGCUGGGGAACAUCAUUAAGUCGCAGUUACUGAAGGACCCCCAAGUGUUGUUUGCAGGGUACAAGGUCCCGCAUCCCCUGGAACACAAGAUCAUCAUCCGUGUCCAGACCACCCCUGACUACAGCCCGCAGGAGGCAUUCACCAAUGCCAUCACGGAUCUGAUCAGUGAGCUCUCCCUCCUGGAGGAGAGGUUCAGGGUUGCCAUUAAAGACAAACAGGAAGGAAUCGAGUAAAAUCACCCUGCUUAGAGCAAGCUCUGCUUCGGAGGCAGAACCAUGUGGCUGUUUGUUAGAUGACUCCUGGAUUCAAACUCCCAUUCAUGGACAGUGUUUUCCCCCUUAUCCCACGCAGGUUUAAGCAGCAAUGCUGUUUUGAGUUUGGCUUUUUUUCUGUUAUAUUUUGCCAAGAGGAAACCUGUCAUGUCUGAGCUGAUGGAUAAGGCAUUAAAAUGAUUUCUACUUUCCCAAUUGGAGCCUUAACACAAAUAUUUGUGCUGUUGGUGAGGCUGGUGUGAGUGUACUUCCCGAGGAGCCGCUGCUGUGUGACAGCAGUGGAUGAACUCUCUGCUUUUCCUUUCCAAGAAGUCCAGGCACUGCCAGCCAGACUGGAGUUUUGUUUUAUUAAGUGUCAUUUCUAUAUAAAACAAAUGCACCAAUUGUGAGAAAACUUACAGUAAAAGAAACUGGAUGUUUACAAUGA